CAUACUAAGAUGAGUCAACUAGACCUUUUCACUUUUGCUGCUACUUUGUUAUCUUUUUGGAUAGCUCUCAAGCUAUGGCCACUCUUUCUCCAUCUCUAUCUUCAGCCUCAGUUCUCCCAAUCUUGCAACCAAAACAGUUCACUUCCAAUUUCAUCCGAUGCUGUGAGAACCCAAGGGAUUAUGUGAAGCUAACAAAUAAUGGGCUGGCUAGUUUCCCUGAAAAGAAUGCUCUUAGCAGUGCAGCUGCCAAAGGCCCGCCUCCUCGGCCGCGCCGGAUAAUCCUGGUCAGGCAUGGACAGAGUGAAGGAAAUGUUGAUGAGAGUGCCUACACAAGAACUGCUGAUCCAAAAAUUGCUCUGACAGAGAAAGGAUUGGCUGAAGCUGAGGAGUGUGGGAAAGAAAUUAAGGAGCUGAUUGAGCAAGACAGAGCAAAUGAUUGGAAGGUCUACUUCUAUGUGUCUCCCUAUAGAAGAACCCUAGAAACAUUGAAGAGCUUAGCUCGUCCUUUUGAACGCUCAAGAAUUGCUGGCAUGAGAGAGGAGCCUCGUCUAAGAGAACAAGAUUUUGGGAAUUUUCAGGACAGAGAGAAGAUGCGAGUAGAGAAAGCCAUGCGCAUGCUUUAUGGUCGUUUCUUUUACCGCUUUCCCAAUGGGGAAUCUGCAGCUGAUGUUUACGACAGAAUAACAGGAUUCAGAGAAACGCUGAGAUCAGAUAUUGAUAUUGGACGCUUUCAGCCUCCCGGCAACCGUAACCCAAACAUGAACUUGGUGAUAGUCUCACAUGGUUUGACACUGAGAGUGUUUCUAAUGAGGUGGUACAAAUGGACAGUGGAGCAGUUUGAGAGGCUUAAUAACUUGGGCAAUGGAAAGAUGGUUGUUAUGGAAAAAGGUUACGGUGGAAGGUACAGCUUAUUAGUGCAUCACACUGAAGAAGAGCUAAGAGAGUUUGGAUUGACAGAAGAAAUGCUGAUGGACCAGGAAUGGCAAAAAUUUGCAAGGCCAGGUGAACUGAACUACGAUUGCCCAACCAUGAAUUCCUUCUUCACCCACUUCGAUGAAGAUGGCAGCAAAAAGACUGGUGAAGAUGGCAGCAAGACUGAGUUAAAAGAUUGUAUCAUAUGAUUAUCAACAAAUUGCACCACAAAAGUACCAACAGGCCAAGAGCCUAAUGAUAUACUACACAAACUAGAUCAGCAAUUCAGCAUGCCCUAGAUGGUGUUCAGUUGAAUCUCCAAUAUGGUUGUGGAAACCAGAAAACUAGCUUCCUUUUUCUUUUUUUAUUUAUAUAUAGCCCUUUUUUUUCCCCUUAUUCAGUGUUAGCUCAAUAAAUUUUGAAGAUUUAUAGUCCUAGUUUCUUUGAUUGGCA